UUACGACGUCGUAGCUCAAAUCAAACGAAAACAGAGUAAACGAAGCGCUGCUGUUGUCAGUCAGUCACUGCAACUAGUACAGCUCUCAUCACUGUGUGUUGUGCGUUUUUUUCCCCUCUUUCAUUUGGGGUUUUUUUCAACAAUGGCGAAAUCGAAUCAAUUAUUACUAUCUCUAGCGAUACUCGCAAUAGUAAUAGUAGAAUUAUCAUGGCUGCCGUUAUCCCACUCCGCCGCCAAGAAACCCGCCGGAGCUGCAAGGAAAGAAGACAUUCCAUAUAUAAAAUGUCAAGUCUGUCAGAAAUUAGCCUCCCAAUUAUACCACCAGGUUCAAUCCAAACGAGAUGAGAUCUCACCCAAAAAGGUAUCAGAGUAUCAUGUCAUAGAAAUCACAGAGAAUGUUUGUAAUCUGAAGAAGCAAGAAGCUGAUUGGAUUCUCAAAAUCGACAUCGUCGAAAAAGGGGAUAAACUCGAGCUCGUUGAACAAGACUCCGAAGGGCAGUGCGGCUCGGAAUGCAAAACAAUCGAACGAGCUUGUCAAGAGGUUUUGGGUUACUACGAUACAGAUGUUGCAGAAUAUUUAUACACGAAUAAACCCCAGCUCGAUUCUCUUGUAAAUUUCAUCUGUAAGGACCUGACUAAAGCAUGCAGUUCGAAGCCACCACCAGUUCCUAAGGAUCGGAUUCCAGGAGAGCCUUUUGUCGCGAAAUCUGCCAAAGAGGCUGAAAUGGAGAGGCUAAUGAAAUCCAUGGAGGGAAUGCCAGGAGCACCCGGCAUGAAGAUGUACUCGAGGGAAGAAUUGAUGAACCAAAAGUUUGGUAAUGAAGAUGCAGAAGACGACGAAGAUGAUGAUGACGUGACGGAUUUUCCUUCAAAUUUGGGAAAAGUACUGAGGGAGAAGGAGAGUAAAAAGUACGAUUGGAAGGAAAAAAUCACGAAAGGAGUAGUGGAUGCAGGAGAGAAAUUGAAAGGUCAUGCCGACAGAGUUUCGCAUAGAAUAAGACAGUGGUGGAAAAGCAAGAAAGCAAACUCGAACAAGGGUUCGAAGUCCGGGAAAACGGAGCUGUAGAAUAGCUUAGCAGCCUCGAUUUUUUUCCUUUUUUUGAUGUAUUCCUUUUAAGUUUUCUCUCGUAGUUUUGAUCAAUAGCAGUUGAACCACAACGAAAAAUUUGUAUUUCUUGAGAACUCCCAAAAGCACCGUUUUUUGAGAUCUUUUAAUCGCAAAAUCGGUUAAUCUUUUAA